AUGUCGUCCCUCACGCCCGCCAAGAGGCCUUCGCAGGCCGGCGGCCUCAAGCCGCGCUUCGCCCGCCCGAACCCCGUCCGCGCCAUGCGUGAGCGCGAGGAGCGUCGCCAGGCCGCCGUCGCUGCCCAGCAGUCGCACACCUCGUCGGCCUCGGCCAACCGCAACGGCGCCGUCACAGCCCCCGCCCGCCAGCAGUGUCCCAACAAGGCCUGUCCCAAGCCCAACGUCGUCGACGGCACCUGCCAGACCUGCGGUCGUGUCGCCGACGACAGCAACAUUGUCGCUGAGGUGCAGUUCGGCGAGACGUCGUCGGGCGCCGCCAUUGUUCAGGGCUCCUUUGUCGGCGCCGACCAGGCCGGCGUCCGGAGCAUGGGCCCCGCCUUCAGGAGGGUCGGCGGCUCCGAGGACCGCGAGAAGAGCGUCCGCGAGGCCCGCGGCCUCAUGCAGGGCUACGCCCAGCAGCUCAGCGUCAGCGACAGCCUCGUCACCGCUGGCACCCAGGUCUUCAAGCUCGCCUCGAGCGCAAACUUUAUCCAGGGCCGCACCCUCGCCAGCGUCGCCGCCGUCUGCCUCUACGCCGCCUGCCGUGCCCAGCCCCCCUGCAAGGUCAUGCUCAUCGACCUUGCAGACCUCGUCCAGCUCAAUGUCUUCAAGCUUGGCCGCAUCUUCAAGAAGCUCAAUGAGGUGGUCCCCAUCGGCAACGACGGCCUUAUCCCCGUCUACCCCGAGGACCUCAUCUGGCGCUUCGCCACAAAGAUGGAGUUUCACCAGGACACGGCAAAGGUCGCAGAGGAUGCCGUCCGCCUCGUCAAGCGCAUGAGCCGCGACUGGAUGGUCAUGGGCCGCCGCCCCUCGGGUAUCUGCGGUGCCUGUCUGCUCAUGGCCGCCCGCAUGCACAACUUUCGCCGCACCGUCCGCGAGGUCGUCUACAUUGUCAAGGUCACCAACCACACCAUUCAGAACCGCCUUCAAGAGUUCAACUUUACCGAGUCCAGUAAAAUGUCCGUCGAGGACUUUCUCAAGCAGGACUUUCUUGAGAGCUCCCACGACCCCCCGGCCUUUUACCGCCAGUCGGAAGAGUAUCAGCAAAUGAUGGAGGACAAGUUGCGGAAGCGGAAGCGCAAAGCCGACGGCGAGGACAAUGACGGGGACAACGACGACGAGGGAGAGGGAGACGCGGGCCAGGAUGGUGCAAAAGACAAGGACGCCCAGCAGGCAACAGCACGCGACGAGGCUGAACCAGCCAAGCGCCAGCGAAGGGCCCCCGAACCCGGCGCAGACCUCUCCAAGGCUCCCGCAAUCAAGUUUCGACGCGACGCCGAUGGCUUCAUUAUCCCCCCGCUCCCGUCCCAGAUCCAACAAGACAGUCGCGACGCCGAGGCCGACAAGAAAGGAGAUGACAACGGCGAGGAGAGCCUGGAUCGCCUGGUCAGCGAGUUUGGCGAUGCCCUCGACGACGGGCUCGACGCACAUAGCGCCGAUAGAGGCAACCGUCCCGCCCCGCCCCAGCUCCCCAUCAAUGAAGAAUGGGAGCAGGACGAGCAGGAACUCGAGGGCCAGAUUGAGGAAAUGUUCAACGACCCCCUCACCUACGAGCACGCCCUCGCAUACUCAAACGCCGAGCAGCGGGCCAGGAUACACACGACCUGGGCUCUCAAGCAGAAGCCCCAAAAGGAAGUGUCCAUGUCGGCUGAUAUUGGAGAAGACGAGUUUGCGGACGACCUCGAGGUGCUCAACUGCCUGCUGUCGCCGGAAGAGGCCCGCAUCAAGGAGCUCAUCUGGGUCAACCAGAACAAGGACUGGCUGCGCAAGCACCAGGAAAAGGUGUUUCGGAGAAAGAUGGAGGCCGACCGCCCCAAGCAGACGCGCCGCAGACGAAAGCGGGCGAGGAUGGGCGAGGGACAGACGAGCCCGGCCAGCUCGGCGGCCGAGGCGGCCAUCAACGUGGCCAAGGACAGGGCGUGGUCCAAGAGGAUCAACUACGACGCCAUCCGCAGCAUCUUUGAGGUCCCCGACGCCAACGGCCUCGGCUCGGCGGCGACGAGCCGCAAGACCAGCGUGGCCGGCAGCACCCUCGGCGGCGCCGAUGACGACGAUGAAAACGAGGAGCCGGCCGAGGGUCAGCCGGAGGAGCAGGGGCAGGAUGACGAGGUAGAGCACGACUACGAGGAGCCAGAGUAUGGUGGAGGGGAAGAGUUUGGCGGGGGCGGAGGCGAGUUUGAAGGGGGAUACGAGGAUUACGAUAACCCCGAUAUGGAUGCCGAGUAUGGUCUCGACGACGAUUAG